UCCGUCUCUAAACUCUGUCAUUGAAUUACAAAUAUUAAAUUGCACCCACCAACCAAAUUCAUUUUGCACAAAUAUCUCAUCUACCAUUUUCUUUGUCUACAAGCUCUCUUCGAUCUGCCAUGUCCAUACGAGAGAGGAGAGGAUUUUGGGGGAAGAAAUUAAUCCCCUCAAAAUUUGUGAGACAUACCAUCCGAAACAGAGAAAGAAUGGAGAGCUGAUUGAUCAUACGUCACAUUCAGAAAUUAUGGAGGCCAUUGAGAAGUUAUCUGCUGCAUUUAAAGAACACGUAAAGCAAACUCAACAAUCUGAAGCUGAAAUUGGAGGCUCCAAUAAUGCAUCCAAAGCUGCAUUUCCUGAUUUGCAUUCCAAAUAUUUGGAAAUUGCUGGAGGCAAGAACAAAAAAAUAUUUGGACUAGGAAAGUAUGCAGAAGAAUUCCUUCAUCAACUCCAAUCAACUCACCGAAAGACUUCUUUAUCUUCACAACGUGCACUUGAAUUUUGUGUGUUUUGGGAUGAACAUAUGCGGAAAUGGUUAUCUUCACAAGGAGAGGAAUGUCCACCAGUAAUGCCACUUGUGGAUGAAAGUUUGCUACAUGAAGAUCCUUGCUCACAACCAAAAUCUUUUGAGGAAACAUGGCUUCCAUUUUUGAAGUCACUUGGAAUGGAAGUACCAAGUUUUUUUGAGUUCACUAAUUCAUCAUCAUCUCAAGACUCCCAAAACAUUCAGCAGUAGUUAUUUUCCAAUAGAUAUGCAAGUAUUUUGGGUGUAUUUUUGGAUUGUAGUAAGGCU